ACAGACUCCCGCUACAUCCAGCCUUUUUUUACUCACCCGCUACUACCACUACCACUACUACUACUACAGUACUACUACUACUCCUACUAUCAGGUAGUACUAUCACACCUCCACGGACCACCACUGCGCCCUCCUCCUAGGCAACUCAACAGCAUCACACCACCACCCGCUAUAUCUCACCAUACCACACGCGGUCCCACGCGUCAAGACGUCCCUCUCGGGUCCUGCUGUUUGUCCUUGCUGCUCUUCUCCCUCCUCCCUCAUCUCGCCCGCCCGCCUGCAGUGCAGCAGACGCCAUACUGCAAAAACCGCCCGGACUGCCACCUGCUGCAUCCUGUCCACUGUUCACACCUUCUUUAUCUCGACUCCCUUCCACUCCCUUGCAGCACCCAUCCGCACCAGCUCUCCUGCUGCUCUGGCCAUCCAUAUGCAGAACAAGUGAAGCCGUUGCUCCACCCAGCCAUCCACCCAUCAUGUCCGCCGUAACAUCCCACCAUCGCUCUACACCCUCGUCGGUCUCCUGCAAUGGCUCGCCAUAUCAGCUCAUCCUCGAUCACAUCCUCUCAUAUCCCGGCAGCUAUGAGAUUCCGCUUCGAACCAUGUACGGAUUGAACUGCGUGCCGAGAACUGCAACCUCUGCAGCCACUCCGUCUCCCACUGGGCCGCCGCCCGCCGUGCCGCAUGCAUCCACCUCCUCCGCCUCCACCGCCUCCUCCUCCGACUGCCCAUCGACGCAAUCCUUGACCGACAGCCUGAUCUCGCACUUGUCCCAGCUGUCGACGCAAUCGCAAUCACGUUUGCCUCCCAACUUCAUCACUGCAUUCUUGCAAAAAUGCUUCCCCUCUCACCUUCCCCGAGUGGACUUUCCCCAAGCCCUUACGGGUCUCGACUAUUUGAAAGAUUUGGAGACACGCAGAAGACGGGAAUGUGCAUCUGCAAUGAGUCGACUGGGCAUCGAUCGAGACGCACUGGAGCGGGACGGUACAGCACUCUCACCCCGCUGCCUGCGAUGGGUCAAGGCGGCCGAAGAGAAGGAGAGAAAGGUGGACCAGCUGUACACGCAAAUCUACGUGGGUCUGAGACGUUGGAUUUUGAUCAACGAAUUGUCCUUGCAGCCAUUCCACAAGCACAACUGUGUGGCCAUGCUCAACACCCUCUACCCACCUGCUGCCAUUGCCGAACAGACUCCGCCCACCACCCUUCUGACCCCUACUGUGCUCCAAACCCAACGUGAUGGCUUCUUCAAGUACAUUCAGGCAGUGGAGACCAAUGGUCCUCGGAUGCUCACCAACCUUUUGCAACAAGGGAAAGGGCCCUUGGACGUCAAUGGCUGGGAAGCGGUGGUUCGGAACCUCAGCAUGUACCUCCAGGUGGCCAACAGCAUGAUCAAUGAAUGUAUGCAAGUUGCCAACGAUGCGUAUGCUGCCGACUCACCACGCAACUCCCAACAUACGCGCAAGGCAGACUCCGGUGCCAGCUUUGGUAACAUUGUGGAAGCGGAGCAACUCAACCGCAAAAAGGUCGACUCGGGAAUCAGCUUCGGAAGCGCUCCGAGCACAGAGAAUCUCUGCCGCCGACGAGGAGACUCGACCACCAGCUUUAACAGUGCUUCCGGCAUCGAGCAGAGGCCCGCGACCCGCGACUCCAACCAUGCUGCUCCCACCACCUCAUCUUUUGAUCUCAUUCCACCCAAGACUCCUUCGGGCGGUCGGCGGGGAACAGGUAUGGAGCGACUGGCACGAGGUCUCCGAUCGAUGGGACGCAGCCGGACCGACGUCACGGAGAUGAUUCACGAUCACGGAGACGCUCUCGCCUCACCCCCGUCCGAGAAGUCCCGACCGCUCCUCAAAAAGAUGCGAAGCUUGGGGGCACUCAGCGAACGCAAGUCAUCCGGCCUCGGCAGUCGACCCAACUACAUCACUCCCGUGUUUGACGUCGAGGCCAUGCGAAAAGAGCGCGCUGCAGUCGAAUGCCGUAUGGCACUCGACACAUCGAGCUAGCGACUCCGGAAUGAGGCGUAGUCCAUUCUGUGGACCUGCGCUCGAAGUGUUUUGACGAUGAAUGGAGACGAUACAUCGAUAUGAGCAUAGGCGGGAAGGGUACCGCUCCGGCGCCCUCUUUACGCACAGCAUAUGGCGAACCAGUGAUAAGGGGCCCCCGGCCAUGGUUUUCAUAAUUACGCGCGCUAAUACAUCAGUAACGAGAAGGUAGUCCCCGCGGACAGAGAAGAAAGCAAAGGAAUGACGGGAAAGGAAUCAAAAAAGGGCAGGCAGGCAGGAAAAAGCCAGAUGUGACGCUGGGUGUGAUCACGACCAUGUCUACAGUACGGAAAGCGGACAGGAGUUUUUGAUUGAAAUUGGGAUUUUGUGACUAUUGAGCGAAGGUGUUGUGGCUACUGGGUAACUUUGGACGGGACUCGAAAGAGAUUGGCAUGACGGUGAUGUGUUGGAUGAGAGUCCGGUAUUGGACGCUUGAAGCUCAGAACGAGACCAACGUGUCGCUGCACAUAGUGUGUGAGGCUAGCGAAUGCCAAUGAAGCAUCAGCUGCUAUACCUGAC